AAGGAAAAGAAGGAGGGACCAUUGUAUGGAAGGCCCCUCCCCGACCAGCUGCUCUGCAGAUUUGCCAGCUGGUUGUGUUUGUGUGCUCUUCCAAAACCCUGCACCCCUAAAAGCAGGGAAACAACUAAAAAACAAUGCUGUUGGAGUCUCAACCAACUUUAAUUGGCCUGGAUACCUGAAGAUACACAACAUCAUGGAAAAAGUGCUGUGGCAACACACCAUUGCUUUGCCAUGAUGGAAAAGUAGUUCUUUCUGUGGUCAAAUUUUCAGCAAAAUUGAGAGAAUAUGAAGGGAAGAAGCUGAAUUGGGUUCAUCCCCAAUAAGGAAAAAUGGCUACUGAGAAGAAAACAGAAUUCUCGACUCCGGGACUUUUCAGAGUCAUUGUAGAACCAGAGAGAAGAUCUCAAAUAAAAAUGGAGGUUCAGGAACUGGAAUCAGAGACAGAUUUGCAGAGAAUUGGGGAAGGCGUUCUGUCUCUCCUCCCCAAAGAAAUGGAUCCUCAAAGAGUAACAGCAGCCCCAAAGCCAUGCAUAAAGUGGAAAUUAAUCCAAGGUGCAUCAUCCCAGCAGUGGCCAGAAAUUCUACACGCACCACAUUCCCUGAUGUCUGAACAUAGCAGCCUGCAACGGCCAGAGAAUUAUCUGCGGGAGGAUGGAAAUAACUCCUUACCACAGUUGGAAGGAGUAGUAUCCACACGCCACUGGGCUACUUCCAAAAUCACAAGACUCGGCAAAACAAUGGGGGAAACCCAAAGUCUAAACUUUGGGAGUGGAAAAGAGGACAGUGAAUCACCAAGAGUAAACAGUGGUGGUGAUGAUAAUCGUCUGAGUUCGGAAAGUCAGCGCCAAUAUUUCCGGCAGUUUGAUUACAAAGACGCCGAGGGGCCGUGGGAAGCCUACUGCCAGCUACGGAGAUUUUGCCACCAGUGGCUGAAGCCAGAGGCGCACACGAAAGAGGAGAUCCUGGAGCUGGUGAUCCUGGAGCAGUUCCUCUCCAUCUUGCCCCGGGAAAUGCUGAGCUGGAUCAGGGAGCGGGAUUCGGAGAGCUGCUUCCACGCUGUGGCUCUCGCCGAGCAUUUUCUCCUGCGGCAGCAUCAGGCUGAGAGGCAAGUUCAGCAGCAGCAGCAGGUGAGAGUAUUUUUAGGAGAAUCAUAA